UUUGGUGGACACACGGCCUAACGAUGAAAAAAUUAUGCAGUGUUUUUGAAGCAGAUUUCCAGAUAGCAAGGUCAGAGUUCAAAAAUCUAACCAAAAGCUGAAUAAAUAUUAAUGUGAUAUAUUAAUUAGAUCAUAUUGUUGCCAUAAUAGAAGAACCAUCUUUUAAUUUUAGUUAAAACAUCACAUUUCUAUUAUUAAAAAUUCCCAAGACUUUUGUUGCACUUGAUCAUUUGUAUUCAACUCAGUGUGUUCGAAUAAAGGGUUUCACAAACUCAGAAGAGAAAAAAAUAAGAGGUUAUAUUCUGCAUAAAAAAAGUAUUGAACCAUUUUUUUUGCAUUCAUCACAUUUUUCACAAAUUACAUUAACUGGAGGAAAUGUGCUUAAUUGUACAGAAACUUUCAAUUAUUUUUUAAUCCAAUGAAAUUUAAUCCAGAUAUUUUUUAAAGGAUUUGUGCUAUUCCCAUAAACUUAUUUAACCUUCUUUGUUUGAGUUAUGUAUUUCCACCCCAUGCAAAUCUAUUUUAAUGGACUGUAUCUUUGGUUAAUCUAAAAUGGGACAUGAACUAAUGUUUAAAACUUUUUUACAGCACUGCCUAUUCAAUCUAACAAUCUAUUCAUGAAAGAUGAAGAGUUGACCUGACCUAAACCCUUUCAUGGCAGCAGAGGAAGACAAGGGAGUCACUCAAAGACAGCUCUCAAAACAUCUUCAACUCAGCAAGCAGACCAGCAUGUCUUCUAUGAACCGUCUCAACAGUAGCACUGGCUCGAAGAAGACCAGGUCAAAGAAUAAAGAUCAACACUUCACCGAUGUUCAUGGUCUGCCGUGCAUUGAGAAUCUGGUUUGUUCUGUAGAUGAAAGCCCAGAGCCCAUCACAACCACAAUUGCAGGUAACAUUCCCUCCUGGAUCAAAGGCAAUUUCCUCAGGAAUGGACCUGGAAAGUUUGAGAUCGGAAGAAGCAGUUUCAACCACUGGUUUGAUGGGAUGGCGCUUCUGCACCAAUUCCACAUCGAGAAUGGAAAUGUGACAUACAUGAGCCGCUUCCUCAACAGUGAUUGCUACACUGCGAACCUUGAGCAUAACCGCAUUAUAAUGUCUGAAUUUGGCACGGUUGCAAUGCCAGAUCCAUGCAAGAACUUCUUCCAACGCUUCCUCUCACGCUUUGAGCUGCCGAAGCCAACUGACAACGCAAAUGUAAGCUUUGUUCAGUAUAAAGGCGACUACUAUGUCAGCACAGAGACCAACUUCAUGCACAAAAUAGACCCAGAGACACUUGAAACAAAAGAAAAAGUGGACUGGAGUAAAUUCAUUGCGAUUAAUGGGGCCACAGCUCACCCCCAUGUGGAUCCUGACGGAACUACAUACAACAUGGGCAAUUCUUACACUCCAAAAGGUGCCUUUUAUAAUAUAAUAAUGGUGCCGUCAAAGAAGGAGAAACAAAAUGACACCUUGGAAGGAGCCACAGUUGUGUGCUCAAUCCCCUCAGAGGACAAGUCCAAACCAUCAUACUAUCACAGCUUUGCCAUGUCAGAGAACUUUGUGGUAUUCAUCGAGCAGCCAAUCAAAAUGGAUCUCUUGAAGAUUGUGACAAGCAAACUGCGUGGAAAGGGGAUUAGUGAAGGUGUAUACUGGGACCCCAAACGAAACACAGUUUUCCAUGUGAUCAAUAAGCACACAGGAAAGCCGAGCCUCGUCAAAUACUACGCAAAGCCACUCUCAACAUUCCAUCAGAUUAACUGUUAUGAAGAAAAUGGUUUCCUGAUCAUGGACAUGUGCUGUUCUGAUGAUGGCCAAGCAAUUAACAACUACAAGAUUCAGAAUCUAAAAAAAUCUGGGAAUGCUCUAGAUGAGAUAUACAACACGAUGAGUAGAGUGUUCCCUCGCCGCUUUGUCCUGCCAUUGAACUUGGACAGUGACAAACCCUGUGGGGAAAAUCUCAACACGCGCUCAAAUAGCACCGCAACAGCCAUCAAGACAGACAAGAACAAGGUGUUUUGCACACAUGAAGAUCUCCAUGGUGAUGAUCUCCAUGAAUUUGGAGGUCUGGAAUUCCCACACAUCAACUAUUCAAUGUGCAAUUCCCACCCCUACCGUUAUUUCUACGGAUGUGGCUUCAGACACCUGGUUGGGGACUCCCUUAUUAAAAUGGAUCUUCAAGGCAAAAAAAUAACGGUGUGGAAACACGCAGACAUGUAUCCCUCAGAACCAAUCUUUGUCCCUUCACCUGGUGCUGUAGAAGAGGAUGAUGGAGUCAUUCUCUCUGUGGUCAUCACCCCUAAUCAGGACAAGAGUACCUUCCUUCUAGUGCUGGAUGGAAAAACAUUCGAAGAAUUGGGCCGCGCUGAAGUACCCAUCAACAUUCCAUAUGGAUUCCAUGGGACUUUCCAACAUGGACACUAAAAGACACUUUUCAAAAGCCCAAAUGUUUUGGUUGAUGAUCAUGCCAUCUCUUAUUAACAUACUCUCAUUUUUUUUACUUAUAUUGUUUCCUCCUUUGGAUAUAAAAUGAAAUAUCCGUCCCUGCAUAAUAGUGUCUGCUAUAAGAA